AACAUCUAUGUUUACUACAACUUUUGACUUAGAUGAACUUACUCGAUAUUGGGAAAUAAUUGCUCUACUUGAAGAAACUUCUGUUUCUACUAUGGCAAAAGACUAUCUAGCUAUUAUGUCUACUAGUGUUCCAUAUGAACAACUAUUUAGUUUAGCUGAAUUAACAGUUACUAAAUCAUAA